GUACUACAGUCCAGGGUUGUGUAGCAACGGCGGCUGAAGUUUGGUGGUGCCGAAAUCGCAAGAAUGAAUACUAAAGCCAUGAUGCAUCUUCGAACAACAGCGAACAGUGCUAGAUAUUGCAUGCAAUGGCAGAUUUAUAUGUUGUACGUGCAGUGCACUGUAAGCGGUGUGAAGCUGACUCAUUUUGCUCAAGUGUUUCCCCCGUUGUUGUUUUUUUGUACGAAAGCCAAAUGAAUUCAAGCCAACGCUACAGCACUAACUUAACAAGUACUGUAGGCUAAGAUCAUCCGCGGGUAUGACAGCUGUCGGAAAACAAGGACGUGAUUUUAACCAGUGCAAUUUAUCGUCUGCGUUAUGUAAUUGAUGGGACUGAAAAACUAACGCAAAUCAAGAUAUGCAACCUACUGUAUUGCUUGUACUGUAACAGAGGAAACGUGUAUUUAACAUUUGAAGCCUAAAAUCCGAUGCAUGGACGCAGUCGUGCCACCUGUUAACUGUAGAAUUUAUUGUAGACAUUUCCAUAAAAUGCAUUUUAGAGGUUUACGAAAAUACUGUAUCAUUCUCAAUAUCACGCCCUUAAGCCUAACGAUCCUUAUGAUGUGGCAUUAAACAGACAAAACGCUGUCCCCUAGAUUACUCAGUACCAAACUGACCGUUACAAAUUCUAAAAAAUAACGGACUGCCAGAGGAGCCGGCGAGAAACUUUCUCGUUGACUUUACCCUUGUUUAAAACAUUUAACUGCCAAACGUAUGGAUGUAUAGUUGAAAUAAUCCUGGAAAAUCAGAGUGCGUUAUGGAUCUUUGUUUUUAAUUCACAAUCGCUACUACUCCUAUUUAAUUAUACGACUACGGUUUACAGAGCUGUACAGUAUCUCAAGAGAACAUGUCCAAGCUCAAGGCCCUGUUCCUUCUCCUGUUGCUUCUCUGCUUUUUAGUAAUGUGUUUGUACUUUUGCAGGAACAGAUCAAGGAUUUAAAAUGAGUGAAAAUACACAAAGUGACAAAAAGGAUGUAAGAGGUGAAAAUUUAUAUCCCAAUGUUUCCCAAAUAAUUCUUCUGGGAAAAGGCUUAAGGAAAAUGUUUAAGAGCAAACAGACUUUUGGUUACAAAGAUGGAAAAAGGUUACCAGGUUUUGAGCACAAAGCACUGGAAAAAGCAGCAGAGGAACAGCAGCUGAAGGAGCACAUGAAAAUAGCAGAUGAUCUUUAUUCCAAGGCAGUAAAAGUGCUUUCAAAUUCAAGGAGUAAGAAAAAGAGACAGGAUGCUUGUAGGCAUCUUGUGCAGGCUGCCGACAUGGGGAGUGACAAAGCUGUCGUGAGGAUAGCCUAUGCAUUUCUGUUUGGUGACUGCUUUCCACAGAACUUGGAAUUCGCUAAAGAACUGUUUUUAUCCUUAAUGGAGGAAGGAGCUCCAUGCGCACAAACUGGCUUCGGAUUCAUGUAUGGUGCAGGCAUAGGCUUCAAUCAGAGUCAAGCCAGGGCAAUUUUGUACUAUACUUCUGCUGGCCUUGGUGGAGAUCUUGUGGCUAAAAUGAUACUGGGUUACAGAUAUUGGAAAGGAAUCCUCAUGCCACAGAAUUGUGAGGCUGCUCUUUCUCAGUACAGAAGUAUAGCAAAAGAAGUCUCUAAACAUUUGUCAAGUAUUCAUCACUGCAGUGUUGAAUUAAUCAGAAUAAUGGAUAUGCCUGAGAACCAAAGCCUGAAAGAUAGAAUUAUAGACUUGGAUGUGUAUCACUACUACGCAUUCAUUGCAGAGAGAGGGGAUGUACAAACACAAGUUAGUCUUGGCACUCUACAUCUGAGUGGAGACAGAGGUUUUGAGCGUGAUUCUCAUAAAGCUUUUUACUACUUACACAAGGCCCUGAAAGCUGGAAGUUCUGAAGCUGCAGCUCUUUUGGGAAAGAUGUAUCUUGAAGGGACUGAACCUACACCUCAAGACAAUGACUCUGCUUUCCGUUGCUUCAAGUGGGCUGCAGACAGAGGCAAUCCAGUUGGGUUGACCGGCCUGGGUGUUAUGUAUCUCUUUGGAAAAGGGGUACCAGUUAAUCACACAAAAGCUUUUGAAUUAAUUAAGAAAGCAGCAGAACAGAAAUGGACAGACGGUGUUUUUCACCUAGGACUCAUGUACCUUUAUGGUUAUGGAGUACAGAUAGACCUGAAGGCUGCUUUCCAGUAUUUCACGUUUGCAUCUAAGAAGGGGCAUCACCUAGCACGCAAUUACUUGGCUCAGAUGUAUGCCAAAGGAAUUGGAGUGCACAGGUCUUGUAGCACUGCAGUUCAGCUUUUCAUGGAUGUCUGUCUUCAAGGCAGCUGGUCGGAAAUGUUUCUCCAAGCAUAUGCUGCUUUCAGAAAUGGUGAUAUCGACUCUGCCCUUGCUCAGUACCUGUUUCUUGCAGAGAUGGGCUAUGAAGUUGCACAGAGCAAUGCUGCAUACCUCUUAGAAUUAAAUGUGUCAAGAAUUUUCAAGGAUGCAGAGGUGUACCAGCUGGCUUUUGUGCAGUGGCAAAGGGCUGCAUCUCAUGGUUAUGCACCUGCCAGAGUUAAAAUUGGAGACUAUCAUUACUAUGGUUAUGGCAUGGAUGUGGAUCAUGAAGCAGCUGCAGUUCACUAUCAUCUCGCAGCUGUAGAAGGCAGUGCCCAGGCCUUAUUUAAUCUUGGAUACAUGUAUGAGCAAGGGAUAGGACACAAAAAGGACAUAUACAUGGCUUUAAAGAUGUAUAAUAUGGCUAUUAUUGCAAGCCCCGAUGCCUACUUACCAGUUUUUCUGGCAAUCUGCAAAUUAUCCAUUACACAGCUUUUCCUUGAUUAUUAUACUUCUAUGAUUUCCGAGGUAUUGGAAGUAGUGGAACCACAGUGGGAUUUGUACUUGAUUGUAAUGCUUACUGUUCUACUGGUACAGCUGAUAGCCAACAGGAUUCGUUAAUAAGAUGCUGAAUUAUUUCUACAUUCAAUUUGUUCAAUGUUUUGCAACUCUGAGAUAAUGCUAUCCCUAUAACAAAUGCAACCUCAUAAAUGUGCACUAUUUCAUGUGGAUCUUAA